CCCUCUCUCAACUGGCCAUUCAAACCCAUCUUAUGUUACUACCCUGCUCAUCGCAACCCCCAAACUCAAUCAAUCGACACACAAACAAAACCCGCUGGUGCGUACGCGUGUGCGUAUAUUUAUGUUUUGGGGCGUGAAUGCCGAGUCCGGUCACCGCGCGCCGGUACCAAGACACACCAACAUCCUUUUAUGCUGUUCAUGUAUAUUAUUUUCCUUUUUAUUUUUUGCACUGUAGCAUGUUCUCUACCCUGAACCUCGAGUUCAGUGAGAGAGAGUUGGACUCUUUUUAUGCUGCGCUGCGCCGCGCCUGCACCAACACAUAUACUUCAGGCGUAUUCGCGCGGCUUGUUCUGGACUCACGGAGCCAGAGCCAGGCAGUACUUCUUUACUCUCCGACCAAUGUAGACAACACUGCCGCCGCCGUCGUCGUUGUCGCGCUCAGUGUGUACUUUAAAGUUGAGGAAAAGAGGGGAACCAGAGAGGACAUUAUUGCUGGCGAAAAGCGCAAGAAUUAUCGAGGAAGAAUUAGCCAAGACGCGAGCGCGCGAGUUCGAAAGGGUGUUCCAAAGUGCAAGCAGCAGAUCUUCGCAAGAGUCUAGCCUAGCAGCAGCAACAGCAGUUCGUUCAUAAAGUUGGAAUAUCGUGAAAUCAAUCCGCUUCCCAACUAGCACUCAUCUACCGGCAGCAGCAGCCCACCCCGUAGCACACGCGGGCAACGCGACAGCAGCAUGGCAUGGCGAUUUAAGGCAUCCAAGUACAAGAACGCCGCCCCGAUCGUACCGAAGCCGGAAGUAUGCAUCCGCGACAUCUGCGUCGGCUCGUACCAGACGUACGGGAACAACAUCGCCGCUUCCGCUGCCUUCAUCGCGUUCAACUGGGAGCACGCGGGCUCGAGCCUGGCCGUCCUGCCGAUCGAUGACUGCGGCCGGAAGAGCAAAACGAUGCCGCUGUUGCACGCCCACUCGGACACGGUGACCUAUCUGGACUUUUCACCGUUUCACGACGGGUUGCUGGCGACGGGGUCGCAGGACUGCCUGGUCAAGGUGUGGCACAUUCCGGAGAAGGGGCUGGAGAGUUCGAUCUCGAAUCCGGAGUGUUCGUUCUCGACGAAGCAGCGGCGGGUUGAGACGGUCGGGUUCCAUCCGACGGCGGACUGUCUGCUGUGGUCAACGGCGAUGGGCUGCGUCAGUUUGUGGGACUUGACGAGUCAGCAGGAGUCCUUUUCGAACAAUGAACAUCCGGAGGUGAUUCAGUCGUUGAGUUGGAAGGGCGACGGGAAGUUGUGCGCGACCAGCUGUAAGGACAAGAUGGUGCGGAUUUUGGAUCCGAGGGCGGAGUCGCCGAUCUCGCUGGUCGCCGAAAGUCACCAGAGCAUCAAGGACUCGCGGGUUGUUUGGCUGGGCGAUCAGAACCGGGUGCUGACGACUGGGUUCGAUGCGGCACGGUUGCGGCAGGUGAUCAUCCGGGAUCUGCGGAACUUUGCCGUGACGGAGAAGACGCUGGAGCUGGACUGCUCGACGGGGAUUCUGAUGCCAUUGUUUGAUCCGGACACGAACAUGUUGUUCCUGGCCGGGAAGGGGGACACCACGAUCAGUUACCUGGAGGUGACGGACAAGGAUCCGUACCUGAUCGAGGGCAUCCGACACUCGGGAGAGCAGACCAAGGGUGCGUGCCUGGUGCCGAAACGGGCGCUGCGGGUCAUGGAGGGCGAGGUGAACCGGAUUAUGCAGCUGACGUCCAACUCUGUGAUACCGAUCAUGUAUCAGGUGCCGAGGAAGACCUACCGGGACUUCCACAGCGAUCUGUACCCGGAGACCAACGGGUUCAAAACCGAGCUGACCGCCACCCAGUGGCUCAACGGAGUUAACAUGGCCGUUCCAAAGAUUAGUCUAGACCCGGCGAAGCGCGAACUCGGCGAACAGCCCAUCAUUAUUCUAAGAGGUAACCUAACCGAAGUGGUCAAGAACAUUGCCAACAAGUCGAAGAACGCGUCGACAACCAACAACUGCACGGCGGCCAAGAUCGACCGCGAGUCGGCGGUGGCGGCCACGACGAUCGUCAAGCCGACCUUCGUCCCGAUCAAGGACAAGAUCAAGCAGAUGGAGCAGCAGUCGCACAGCGAAAAGAGCGAGUUCGAGCAGCGCUUCAAGGAGGUCACCACCAAGACCACCACGAACGCGGAGUUGAUUCAGGACGUGGCGGAAGCCAACGGGAACCAUCCGGAGGAGGAGCUGGGAGAUGAUCGUCGCGACAGCAUCGAGGAGUCCGAUCAACCGGGCGAGAUCACUCCGCCCAAGCCGAUGCCGCGGACUUCACGGAACAACUCCGUGUCCGAGCAGCUAUCGGGAGCUGCUGGAGAUGAGCCUGUUGUGGCGGCUCCGAGGCCGGUGGCCCGUCCCAGGACUACCGCUACCGGAUACAAGCCCCGCCUCGGUCCGAAGCCGUUCAGCAGUACCGGCUCCUCGGCGGAGUUCUCCUUCGACAAGGUGUUCAACGUGCCGCAAGCUCCCGGCUCCGAGAAUGGCGAAUCCCAGCGGGACUCCAACGAGAACAGUCUCGCGUCGAACGGGAGCGUUGAUGAGCCAACGUCCCACGAGAACGGUAACGGUAAGGUAGAUGGGGAGGCGGCUUCGGCUGAAGAUCUGCCCGAGGAGGUUCCGCUGCGAGCGAAAGAGACGGAAGAGGAGGACAAACCGAGGAUCAUCUCGACCGCCGAGCGGAGAAAGUCGGGCGAUCGCGAAAAGAUCUUCGAGUCGAAGGCGUCCACCGAGUCAGAGGAUCAGUUCGAUGCGGCGCUGGACGACGUGUCGAACCAGUUUGAACGGUUGAGCGGCCAGCGGACGAGCAUCGCCGAGCGACGUCGCAUGUAUGAGAGUCGAUCGCAGAGCGUUCAGGAGGAGAAGCCCGCUUCACCGGUACCGUUGCGUCGCCGCGAGUCACUCAAGGUUCGUGGCGAGCAGAAGCCGACCGAUGAGGAGGCGAUGCCUCCACCGGCGAGCGUCGAGUUCACCCGGAAUCGGAGCGAUCUGUCCAAGGAGAACCUGCCGGCGGACAUCAACAAGCGGAACAACAGCAAUAACGCGUCCAACACGGCGUCGAAGCGGACGUCGACGGUGUUUGGGCGGGUGUCCAAGUUCCGGCACUUGAAGGGAACCCCCGGUCACAAGUCGACUCACAUCGAGAACAUCCGGAACCUCAGCAGGCAGAUCCCUGGCGAGUGUGACGGGUUCCAGGCGAAUCCGGAGCGAGUAGCGGUUCCAAUCUCCGGAGCCGGCGGCAAGAUCGCGAUCUUCGAGCUCAGCAAGCCGGGUCGUCUCCCGGACGGAGUGAUCCCAUCGCUCGUCAACGGUAACAACAUCAUGGACUUCCAGUGGGACCCCUUCGAUAACAAGCGGUUGGCCGUCGCUUGCGACGACGGAACUGUCAAAAUCUGGGCCAUCCCGGAGGGUGGUCUGACGGAACCGACCAACGAGCCGGAGAAGGAGCUGGUCGCGCACUCGGACAAGAUCUACAUCAUCCGGUACCAUCCGCUGGCGAAGAACGUCUUCCUGACCGCCAGCUACGACAUGACGCUCAAGAUCUGGGACCUGGACACGCUGACGGAGAAGUACUGCCUGCGCGGGCAUACCGAUCAGAUCUUCAGCUUCGCGUGGAGUCCGUGCGGGGCGUACGGUGCGACGGUAUCGAAGGAUGGGAAGAUCCGGGUGUACAAUCCGCGCAAGUCGGAGAACCCGAUCCGGGAGGGACCGGGACCGGUGGGAACGCGCGGUGCUCGGCUGGUGUGGGCGAUUGAGGGGGAGUACAUCGUGGUGACUGGAUUUGACAAAGUCUCCGAGCGGCAGAUCUACGUGUACAAGGCCACCGACCUGAGCGCCCACCUCGGCAUGGUCGGCCUGGACGUCUCCCCAGCGAUCCUCAUUCCGUUCUACGACGAGGACAGCUCGACGAUCUUCGCCACCGGCAAGGGCGACUCCACCAUCUACUGCUACGAGAUCACCGAGGAGUCCCCCUUCAUCUGUCCCCUGUCCCAUCACAAGUGUUCCUCGCUGACCCAGGGUCUCAGCUUUCUGCCCAAGAACCAGUGCGACGUGGCCUCCGUCGAGUUCGCCAAGGCCCAACGCCUCACCAAUGGCACAGUGGAACCGCUCAGCUUUGCCGUACCGCGCAUCAAGAGUGAACUCUUCCAGGACGACCUCUUUCCGCCCACCAAGGUCCUGUGGGAACCGACGCUCACCGCCAGCGAGUGGCUCUCCGGCAGCAACAAACCCGCCGCGAGGAUCAGCCUGCAGCCGGAAGGGAUGGACACAUUGUCGUCGAUCCAACCGGCGGUGACGACUCCGACGCCGGCCAAGAAGAGCGACUCGACCAACAUCAACCAGCUCAUCGGCCAGCAGACGCAGUUCAACAAGGCCUGGAGUGCGGACCUGGUGCGGUCCAAGCAGGACGAGAUUAAAAACUCCGUCAGCGCACGCAUGCCGAUCAACCGCAAGCUGGAGCAGGACGACAUGGAGGGCGUAGACGAGAAGGAGUGGGAGGAGUAAAUCCACCCAAAAUGAACCCGACAGUGGAAAAAAAGCAAAUAUAUUUAAACAAUCGCCAACAAAACAAACAAAAACGCAUCUUUCUAUCGCAUCCAAAUGCAUCCAACAUACAUCAGUGGUUAGCGCGCCCCUCCUCUUUAUAAUCACAACACAGCAAACAAAUAAAGACGAGAAAAAUGACAGUUUUAUAAGAAGAAACAAAUAUCGUAGCACUGCAGUAGAACUCAUCAACCGUAAAAAAAAUCGCAGAGACUGUUGAGACAACAAAAGUGACAAAUCCAACCAACUGCCAAUCUCCAUGACGAUGAUGAUCGGAACCAGAUUUUUCCACCCGUUUUUUCACACGAUAUAUACAAACACAGCAAACACUCAACAUUUUCCAAGUUUUGUACCACAUAAUCUCUCUAACCGUAGGAUGUUUCACGAGCGACCAACUUGUUGCACCUUGCAACAACUGUGCAACAUGUUUGAGGUUGAGUUACACCGAAAAAAAAGAACUGAUCCAUUUCCCGUUUGCGGGAUUUUCUUUCUUUUGUCAACGGUUCUCUCUCUCUUUAUUUCCACGCGUGGUGACGUAUUUGCAGCAGAGAUUCAGCACUUUGGUGAAGCUUUGAAGAACGAAAAAAAAAAUCGUGUGUGAAUGUGCUUGCUCUCUGUGUCUUUCUCUUUUGAAUCAUCCGAGAAGGCCAAAAUUCACAUAAGAAGCUAGUCAAAUGAAAAUGCUCAAACCAAUCGUAAACUCUAAUGAUAUUUUGAUAAAAUGAUGAUGCUUUAGCGCAUAAUAUGUUGCUGUACGUGUAGGAUUCUAGGCUAAUGUGAAGGUAAUCGGGAAGCAGUCGGAACGGCACAAAUUCUUGUAUUGUUGAAAUCAGCUACCAAGGAGAUGAGAAAUGACAAACGAUAAUUUGGAAGUGUAUAAGAUUCGGGGCAAAAGUGGCGCAAAAUUGAUAAAAAACAAAAUUUGUAAUAUAUAGCAAUUCGGUUGAUUUGAUAUAGACUUGUAAGCGUAGCCAAUUUUGCUACAUUAUUUAUUUUUCUGCAAAACACACUCCGUGAAGUAAUUGUGAUGAGACUUCUUAUUUAAAUUGUAAGAUUCGAAUUGUGCAUUGUUUAUGUUUUACCGAGUACAGAUAGUUUUAUGUGUGCCAUUGCUAAAUCCCUUUUUUCGUGCUUGCAGUUUUAAAACCCCGAACGAUGCUGUUACUAGUGCAUGAUUUCAUCCAACUGAUUUCAUAUUUUCUGCUAACCAUUAAAGAUUUAUACACGCUAUCAUAUCUCGUUCACAAUUGCAUUAUUACGCAUCAAUAGAUAAUCUUAAUCGCAUAAAAUUAACAAGCAAAAAAAUCGAUUAUUUACAAGAUAAACAUAAACACACAGCUUAUAUUGAAACGUGAUUCCUUUCGUAUGAACAUUACUGUAUUUGUAACAAGUAUUGUACAAUUAUUGGAACAUUAUUAUUACAAACAAACAAAAAAAACACACACACACACACACUACUAGAAGCAACACGUGGAGAGAAACUCUACAAUAUCCCAAAAAUCAAGUUUUCCCCCUUUUCCAGCGAAUAACAUCCACUAUACUUUACGAAUUCACUAAAUGAAGACUUGAACUGCGAAAUGCGAACCGACGAAGAUGUUGUUUGCAUUGAGUAUUUAGUAAAACGAGACGUAGCAGUCCACACUCACAUCAUCAGCAUUUUAUACAACAACAAUAUGAACAAACAAAAAAAAACAAUAAAAAUAUAUACUGUAUCUUAUGUACUUUGCUUGAAUGCAAAAUUAUGAUGAAAGAAAUAUACAAUUAGUAAUAAA